GCGGCGUGCGGCGCGGGCGGGGGGCGGUGGGGGCCGGGGGGCGGUGGGACGCUGACCCCGCCCCCUGCUGCUGCCAGUCUGCGCCGAGCGGCGGCUGUGGUGGCGGAGCCCGGAACAUGGCGGCCGCGGCGCGUAGCUUCGGGCCGGAGCGGGAGGCCGAGCCGGCCAAAGAGGCGCGCGUCGUGGGUUCCGAGCUCGUGGACACUUAUACGGUUUAUAUCAUCCAGGUCACUGAUGGCAACCAUGAGUGGACAGUCAAGCACCGCUACAGUGACUUCCAUGACCUGCAUGAAAAGCUUGUUGCAGAGAGAAAGAUUGAUAAAAAUCUACUUCCGCCCAAAAAGAUAAUUGGGAAAAAUUCAAGAAGCUUGGUGGAAAAAAGGGAGAAGGAUCUGGAGGUGUACCUCCAGACUCUGCUGGCUGCCUUCCCUGGCGUGGCCCCUAGAGUGCUGGCCCACUUCUUACAUUUUCACUUCUAUGAAAUAAAUGGCAUUACUGCAGCACUGGCUGAAGAUCUCUUUGAAAAAGGAGAACAGCUCCUGGGGGCAGGUGAGGUCUUUGCCAUCAGGCCCCUGCAGCUCUAUGCAGUCACCGAGCAGCUGCAGCAAGGAAAGCCCACGUGCGCCAGCGGAGAUGCCAAGACUGACCUUGGGCACAUUCUGGACUUCACCUGUCGCCUUAAAUACCUUAAGGUUUCUGGCACCGAAGGACCUUUUGGGAACAGCAACAUUCGGGAACAACUCCUGCCAUUCGACCUGUCCAUAUUCAAGUCUCUUCAUCAGGUGGAGAUAAGUCACUGUGAUGCUAAGCAUAUCCGAGGGCUGGUUGCCUCAAAGCCCACCUUAGCCACGAUGAGUGUCCGCUUCUCAGCAACCUCAAUGAAGGAAGUCCUCGUUCCCGAAGCCUCAGAAUUUGAUGAGUGGGAGCCAGAAGGCGCAACACUUGAAGGCCCUGUGACUGCCGUCAUCCCCACAUGGCAAGCGUUGACCACCCUUGACCUGAGCCACAACAGCAUCUCUGAGAUCGACGAGUCUGUGAAACUGAUCCCAAAGAUUGAGUUCUUGGACCUGAGUCACAAUGGAGUGCUGGUCGUGGACAACCUGCAGCACCUGUACAACCUUGUGCACCUCGACCUGUCCUACAACAAGCUCUCCUCCUUGGAAGGCGUUCACACCAAGCUGGGGAAUAUCAAGACCCUGAACCUGGCAGGCAACCUCCUGGAGAGUCUGAGUGGCCUGCACAAGCUAUACUCCCUGGUUAACCUGGACCUCAGCGACAACAGGAUUGAACAGAUGGAGGAGGUCAGGAGCAUAGGCAGCCUCCCAUGUCUGGAGCAUGUGGCCCUGCUGAACAAUCCUCUGAGCAUUAUCCCUGACUACCGGACCAAGGUGCUUGCUCAGUUUGGAGAACGGGCUUCCGAGGUCUGUUUGGAUGACACAGCAACCACAGAGAAGGAGCUGGACACUGUGGAAGUACUAAAAGCGAUUCAGAAAGCCAAGGAUGUCAAGUCCAAACUGAGCAACCCAGAGAAGAAGGUUGCUGAGGAUUCCCGGCUCUCAGUGGCCCCCUGCGUUGGACCCAGUGGCUCCCCUCCCACCACAGCUCCCACCUCUGCCUCCCUGCCCCAGCCCAUCCUCUCCAACCAAGGGAUCAUGUUCGUGCAGGAGGAGGCACUGGCCAGCAGCCUCUCAUCCACCGACAGUCUGACUCCCGAGGACCGGCCCAUUGCUGGGGGCUGCUCUGAUUCCUUGGAGUCCAUCCCUGCAGGACAGGCAGCUCCUGAUGACUCAAGGGACGUGCCAGGAGCUGUUGGCGGUGCAAGCCCAGAGCAUGCAGAGCCAGAGGUGCAGGUGGUGCCUGGGUCUGGCCAGAUCAUCUUCUUGCCCUUCACUUGCAUCGGCUACACAGCCACCAACCAGGACUUCAUCCAGCGCCUGAGCACGCUGAUCCGCCAGGCCAUCGAACGGCAGCUGCCCGCCUGGAUUGAGGCAGCCAACCAGCGAGAGGAGGGCCAGGGCGAGCAGGGGGACGAGGACGAGGAUGAGGACGAGGAAGAUGUUGCUGAGAACCGCUACUUUGAAAUGGGACCCCCCGACGCAGAGGAAGAGGAGGAGGGCGGCCAGGGGGAAGAGGAGGAGGAGGAGGAGGAGGAGGAGGAGGAUGAGGAAGCCGAGGAGGAGCGCCUGGCCCUGGAGUGGGCCCUGGGCGCAGAUGAGGACUUCCUGCUGGAGCACAUCCGCAUCCUCAAGGUGCUGUGGUGCUUCUUGAUCCACGUGCAGGGUAGCAUCCGCCAGUUCGCCGCCUGCCUCGUGCUCACUGACUUUGGCAUCGCCGUCUUUGAGAUCCCACACCAGGAGUCGCGGGGCAGCAGCCAGCACAUCCUUUCGUCCCUGCGCUUUGUCUUCUGCUUCCCGCAUGGAGACCUCACGGAGUUUGGCUUCCUUAUGCCUGAGCUGUGUCUGGUGCUCAAGGUGCGGCACAGCGAGAACACGCUCUUCAUCAUCUCAGACGCUGCCAACCUGCAUGAGUUCCACGCUGACCUGCGCUCCUGCUUCGCCCCACAGCACAUGGCCAUGCUGUGCAGCCCCGUCCUCUACGGCAGCCACACCAGCCUGCAGGAGUUCCUGCGCCAGCUGCUCACCUUCUACAAAGUGGCCGGCGGCUGCCAGGAGCGCAGUCAGGGCUGCUUCCCUGUCUACCUGGUCUACAGUGACAAGCGCAUGGUACAGACAGCCGCAGGGGACUACUCGGGCAACAUCGAGUGGGCCAGCUGCACACUCUGCUCGGCUGUGCGGCGCUCUUGCUGCGCGCCCUCUGAGGCUGUCAAGUCUGCUGCCAUCCCUUACUGGCUACUGCUCACGCCCCAGCACCUCAACGUCAUCAAAGCUGACUUCAACCCCAUGCCCAACCGCGGCACCCACAACUGCCGCAACCGCAACAGCUUCAAGCUCAGCCGCGUGCCACUCUCCACAGUGCUGCUGGAUCCCACACGCAGCUGCACCCAGCCGCGGGGCGCCUUCGCCGACGGCCAUGUGCUUGAGCUGCUUGUUGGCUACCGCUUUGUCACCGCCAUCUUUGUGCUACCCCACGAAAAAUUCCACUUCCUGCGCAUCUACAACCAGCUGCGGGCCUCACUACAAGACCUGAAGACUGUGGUCAUCGCCAAGACCCCAGCGACUGGAACCAGGUCUCAGGGGCCCCUUGGGGAUGGCCAGCCUGCCGAGGGCAGAGCCAGAUGCAGUGAUGACCAGCAUCCCCAGGAGGGCCUGGCAGAGGCUCUGGCUCCAGCCCCAGCCCCAGUGGAGGUCCCAGCUCCAGUCCUGGCAGCAGCCUCAGCUCCAGGCCCAACAGAGACCCUGGCUCCAGCUCCAGCUCCAGCUCCAGCUGCAGCUCCAGCUCCAGCUCCAGCCCCAGCGCCAGUGGAAGCUCCUCCAACUCUGCCUCCGGCUCCAGCUCCAGCUCCAGCUCCGGCUCCAGCUCCAGCUCCGGCUCCAGCUCCAACUCCAGCUCCAACUCCAACUCUGCCUCCAGCUUCAGCACCAGCUCCGACUCUGGCUCCAGCUCUAGCUCCAACCGAGGCCUCAGCUCCAUCUUUGGUCCCAGAGAAGGCCCCCAUAGAGACCCCAGCUCAAGCUCCAGCCCCAGCCCCAGCCCCAGCCCCAGCCCCAGCCCCAGCAGAAGCCCCGGCACAAGCUGAGGUCCCCACCCAGUACCCAAAUGAGCGCCUGAUCCAGUCCACUUCAGAGGAGAAUCAGAUUCCCUCGCACCUGCCUGUCUGCCCGUCACUCCGGCACAUUGCCAGCCUGCAGGGGAGCGCCAUCAUUGAGCUCUUCCACAGCAGCAUUGCUGAGGUCGAAAACGAGGAACUGAGGCACCUCCUGUGGUCAUCAGUGGUGUUCUACCAGACCCCGGGGCUGGAGGUGACUGCCUGCGUGCUGCUGUCCACCAAGGCCGUGUACUUUGUGCUGCAUGACGGCCUCCGCCGCUACUUCUCAGAGCCACUGCAGGAUUUCUGGCAUCAGAAAAACACCGACUACAACAACAGCCCCUUCCACAUCUCCCAGUGCUUUGUGCUCAAACUCAGCGACCUACAGUCAGUCAAUGUUGGCCUUUUUGACCAGUACUUCCGCCUGACCGGCUCCUCCCCCACACAGGUGGUCACAUGUUUGACACGGGACAGCUACCUGACGCACUGCUUCCUCCAACACCUCAUGUUGGUGCUCUCCUCUCUGGAGCGCACACCUUCACCGGAGCCUGUCGACAAGGACUUCUACUCGGAGUUUGGGAACAAGACCACAGGGAAGAUGGAGAACUACGAGCUGAUCCACUCAAGCCGUGUCAAGUUCACCUACCCCAGUGAGGAGGAGGUUGGGGAUCUAACAUACAUUGUGGCCCAGAAGACAGCUGACCCAGAGAAGGCUCCAGGCCUCAGCAUACUGCUGUAUGUACAGGCCUUCCAGGUGGGCAUGCCACCACCUGGACGCUGCAGGGGCCCAUUGUGCCCCAAGACACUCCUGCUUACCAGUGCCGAGAUCUUUCUCCUGGAUGAGGACUAUGUCCACUACCCACUGCCUGAGUUUGCCAAAGAGCCACCACAGAGGGACAGGUACCGGCUAGACGACGGCCGUCGCGUCCGGGACCUGGACCGCGUGCUCAUGGGCUACCAGCCUUACCCGCAGGCCCUCACCCUCGUCUUUGACGAUGUGCAGGGCCACGACCUCAUGGGCAGUGUCACCCUGGACCACUUUGGGGAGGUGCCAGGUGGUCCUGCCAGGGCUGGCCAGGGCCGUGAGGUCCAGUGGCAGGUGUUUGUCCCCAGUGCCGAGAGCAGAGAGAAGCUCAUCUCGUUGUUGGCCCGCCAGUGGGAGGCCCUGUGUGGCCGGGAGCUACCCGUUGAACUCACUGGCUAGCCCAGGCUGCAGCCAGCCUUACCCGCUCCACGUCCAGCCCAGUGCCUGCUCCAGCAGAGAAGCAGGCUUUCUUUGUUCUUUUAAAAAUGUUCUCUCCCCUCCUCUUUGGUACCUUAAUUUGACUGUCCCCAAAGAGAAUGUGGACAGGUGUUCAGUCAGUUCUUUCUGAUGUUGGGAGUAAGAAAGCCAGGCCCCUCAAGGUGUCCAUAUGCUCUCAGCCUCCCAUGGCGUGUCGCCUGCCCUGCAGUGGCAUGGUCAGGCACCCCGGUGUCGUGUCUGUUACAGUGGUGCCGUUGUUAAUCUGUGGCGCUGUGGAUCCGAUCGGCCCUACGCGUCCUUUCCUGAAGUGUCAAGUCCAGUCCUUUGUUGCUGCUGCUGUCGUUGUGGGCAUCUUGCUGCUAAUUGUGAAGCUGGUAGCAGAGUGCACAUGAGAAGCUCCCGCCCCAUGCAGUUUUUCAAAAUGGAGGCCUCCCCUGGUCCAGACAAGUUGGGGAGCCAGGCCUUGGGGCUGAGAGGGGUGGGGGCAGGGGACCUAAAGCUGCCAGCACCAAGUGUGAUUCCUGUUGCCUAUUUUCUCUAUUCCAAUAAAGCAGAGUUUGACACAG